CCCCGUCUAGGGCCCCUGUCCCCUGUACACUUUGCCUUUAUCGGAGCCCAAAGGAGUACCGAGCUGUGAACUAGAGCUUAUACACACGACAAGCGACUGGUAGACUUGUUUUCGAUAGAAAGUUAGACACUUUCGGAUAAACAGAAAGGGCACAAAUAAUUCAGAAUGUCUGAACUACUGGGAUUCGUCCCAAGUUUUUCGAAACUUCGGGGGAAGCCGAACGAUGAUUGGAUAGACCGAAUGAGUCACGUGUACACUGUGGUCGUCCUGGUGAUAUUCACAGUGCUGGUCAGUUCCGGUCAGUUCUUUAAAGACCCGAUACAAUGCUGGCAUCCUGCGGAAUUCAAGGACUCAAUGGAAUCCUAUACAAAAUGGAACUGUUGGAUUAAAAACACGUACUAUGUUCCAAUGAGUGAUAUCAUACCGGAAGACAUUUCGGACAGACAGGAAGCGGAAAUCACAUACUACCAGUGGGUACCGUUGAUCCUUCUAUUUCAAGCAUUCCUGUUUAAGUUCCCGAAUAUGGUCUGGAGAAUAUUCAAUGGUGGCUCGGGGUUAAAUCUGGACAAGGUUGUCCGUUUUGCCGAGAAGACCCAGAUGGUUAGUCCGGCUGACCGCGAUGAUACCAUCAACUGUCUGGCCAGGUUUAUGGACAAGUGGCUUGACUCGAAUAAAGAACACAGAUGGAAUGUGGUGGUUCGGACGAAGCACCAGAUCUCCCGGUUCAUGUGCUUCUUCUGCAACAAGCGAGCAGGGAAGUAUCUGACUGCAAUGUAUUUGUUCGUCAAGGUCCUGUACGUGGCGAACGCCAUCGGCCAGCUUUUCUUACUAAAUGCAUUCAUGUCUACAUCUUACAACUUCUACGGAUUAGAAUUUCUGGAUAAUCUCAACUCGGAUCGUCCAUGGAGAGAAUCUCCUCGAUUUCCAAGGAUCACUCUUUGUGAUUUCCAGAUCCGCCAACUACAGAACAUCCAGAGGUUCACCGUACAAUGCGUGCUUCCGAUCAACCUAUUCAACGAAAAGGUCUUCAUUUUCAUCUGGUUCUGGCUUAUUUUCAUUGCCGUUCUCGCCUGUAUCAAUCUCUUCCGAUGGCUGUACCUCAUCGUCUUCGCCAAGAAUAAAAUUGAUUACAUCAAGAAAUAUCUUAAAAUCAACAACGAGCUCCAUACCAAUUUCGAUAAGAAAAUGUGCACGCGAUUCGCCGAGAACUAUCUCCGCGACGACGGCGUAUUCGUCCUCCGAUUGGUCGCGAAAAAUUCCACAGACAUUGUCGUCACAGAUCUUGUGCGGGACCUCUGGAAAAUCUUCAAGGAGAAACAGAGCACAAAGAAGAACGAACUGGAACCAACUAUGGAGAGCAAUUUCGAGGACGCAAAAGAGAAAGAACCACUCACCUGACAAUGUCCAUGCUGCGACACUGACAACGUCCAGUGAGUGACAUGUGACUAUCACGUGACGCUUUGUAUAAAUAGGCGGGAAAACAGCAGACGGACCAGUGUAGCAGCAGGUAUCGGUAGUACAGUAGGGCUCCCAGUAACUUCCGGUUCCGCGGUUUUAAAAAGGCAUUUUUUUAAUUGCUCGGUUCGGAGAUUAUAUUAAUAACACAAUUUCCAAGUCUCAAUAUUAACACUUGGAAUUCUAGCACAUGGACAUUUUUAUAGCCAAUGCAUUAGUAAGUCCAUUUUGUGCAAAAGGAAAUUCUUAUAAAUCAUACCAGGUUUGAGGCUCCAGCCAAGUUGCUCUAUAAAAAACUAUUAGCAACAGCACAUUUGCACUAUUAAGAAGUAAAUUGAGAAAUCAAUGCUAAAACGUGAAUUGUACCCGGGCCUCGGUAUUUGAUUACUGGUAUCUCUGUCUGUGCUGCCCCUACCUUGCUCGACACAGAGCUAGGGUUUGAACCAUACCUGUUUGCUUGAUCUGACCACCAUCAUAGGAUGCUUUUGCUUUGUGCGUUUGAGGUACAAAUUGAGUCACUUUUACUUACACUGUUAUAACUUGAGAGAGAUCGUUAUAUUAAGAAAUUUGUCAGGUUUUAACAGGGAGUGAAUGUCGUCAUAACCAAAAUGGACCAAUACCUAUUGACCAUAGUUUGAAGUUCAUGGUAAAAUCGCAAAUGAUAAACGAUUAUUUUCUAAACUGAUCUUUGAGUUUCGCGGGGCAUUUCAGCGCUUAUCUGCAUCUUUUGUUAAUUAUUCUAUCUAUAUAUAUAUUUGGAAAUUGUGUUGUGUUUUUGAGUUCAUUUUUUGUUUAUACCAAUUUUAUUAUGGUUAUGACAAUUUGAACCUUUUUUUUUGUCGAUAUUUAUGGAAAUUUUAUCAUGAUUUAGAUUACCGGAACUUAAUAAGUAAGGGCAGAUAACUCUAAAUAUUUUUUUAUUCAAGAAUAUACAUGCAUGUUUAUUUAUAAACUAUACAUGUAAAAAUCUCAUUUUCGUAACCCUGACGGUGUGUGAUUCAUGCAUUAAAAAGCUAGGCAUUUUUAAAAUCUCGAUUUCGUUUUCAUAUUUACAUUAUCACAUCAUAUACUCAUUUUCAUAUAUAUUGGGGCAUUAUAUGUCCAAAUGGCUGCCAGAACGUGCCUUUAUGUAAAUACAGAUGUACAAUAUUGAUAAUUACAAUAUACAUAAAUAUUAGAUAUAUAUAUAUUAGCAACCCUUUGUUCAUGUUGAAUUAACACAAAAUUACAUCGUCUUCCAUUUUGUGUAGAUAUUUUAUGUAUUUAGCUUAUUAGUUAGAUUAUAAUCACCAGAAUUAUUUACCUUGUUGAAUGUAGGUAAACAAAAUCAGUUAUGUAAAUUUUGUGAUUACUGAAUGGAAUUUCAGAUUAUUUUUGUAAUUUGUAAAUUUUGAAAUCAAAACACCGAAUAGUCAAUUAUAAGCUCCUUACAGGACUUUCCUUUCGUUGAGGCUCAAGAAAGGUUUUUCAUUUACCAAGCCUUGGGCUUAGCCCAGCUGAGAAGUUUUUGAAAGCAUAAAUUUUAAUUCUGAAUUGAAUUUUUUGUGACAUGUUUUAAUCUAAAUGUUUUCUUUGUGACGUCACACUUUCAUUCGAAGUCUGACGUAAUGUGUUAUGACGUCACAAUUAAAAUACCGAGAUAUUUCAGCCUUUCACAGCUCUGUAAAGAGGUGCUAUUAAUUCAAUGUUUUCAUCAUGUAAAGACACUGAUGACAGGGUAGUUACGUCAUAAAAUACUUAAAUUGCUAAUUUCACUUGUUUUAAGAGUGUGUUCAUUCUUGCCAGUCAGAACAAAGUAACAUUUCACUGACUUUGAUAUUUUAUUUUGAUCUCAUCUCAAUUGUUUUUCAUUUAAUUGAUUAGGAAGUACAUAAAAAUGAAUUGUUUUUGAUAUUUGAAAUCAGGUUUGAGCGUAUAUUUAUGACGAAGGAAACAUUAUUCUAUGUACUUAUAUGAAGUAUCUAUAUAGCAUUAUAUUGGUACAGAGGCUGCCCGGUUACAACAUUCAAAUGAUGGGAUACUGGGUGUUCGCUUCUUUUCUUAUCAGCAUUUGUAUUACAUUCGGAACCCUUUUCGUUAUAUUAAAAAUAACCGAAGUGUUCCGAUUUCAUGUCUUUCAAUGUAAAUUUUGUAUUCGACAGAAUGUAAUAUGUUAUUAAACGUUUUAAGUUUGGGUAAGGUUAUCCAUGUACAACGAAAAACAUUAAAGUAUCACUGAAUGUAAAUGUUUAUAGUAAAGAUAUGCAAAUUGUAACGAAACGUAUGAAUAGAAAUGAAAAAAAAAUGUGUGAUUAUGUGAACGCUCCUUGAAUUACGUGAAAAUGAUUAAUAUGGCUUGGUUGAUUCACCAGAAGUGUCUGUCCGAUAUCCAAAUGUGUCCGCUAUUGUGUCCUUCGUCCGUCUGCUGUAUAAAGUCUUUAUUUGAAGGAGAAGGGCUACGAGUUGUAAAACAUUGCCAUAAAUCAAUAAUAAAAACAAAAUAACAAAGGAA